CCACAAACAACAUGUGCUUAGGUUUAGGAUAUUUAUUAGUGAGGAGUAUUCAAACGCACACCAAAGUGGGGAUGUUAUAAUGAUGGCAUUUGAUUAUGUCUAGAGAACUCUAAAUUUGGUAAUAUUAUUGAAUGGUGCACCUGAUUAGGUUUUGUGUUGUGGCAACGUCCUUACUAUGUACACUGAGACUCCUGCUCUGCUCUCUCCUAGGAGCUCAGUCUGUUCCCACCAUCAAGGCUGAACCAUGUCUUGUGAUCCCUCAAGGGAGUUUUGUAACCUUUGUGUGCUCAAUCGCUGGUGAAUAUGAGAGUGUCCGCCUGGAGAAGGAUGGUAGAACCUUCAUUGAUAAGAAGAUUGAUAAGAAUCUAUUCUCUUCUAAGAAAGAGAAUAGAUUCUUCCUCAGCCCAGUGAAUGCAUCUAUUUCUGGACGAUAUGACUGUAUCUAUUGGAAUGGGAGCACCUGGUCCUAUCGCAGUGAGAAGGUGGAGCUGAAGGUGGUCAAUAAAUGCAUGCUGCUGUUAACCUGGUUACCAUCUUUCCUAGAUAAUACACCUGGGCUGAAGACUGACAGCAUUUAUAUUCUCACUGUAGUCUUUGUGGUUUUCCUAUUUUGCCUCUUCCUCCUCUUCUGCCUCCAUAGGCAACACCAGAAAAAGCAGAGGCUCCCAGACAGCAAGAUCAAGCAGCAGAGGCCACAACAACGGCUCAGCCUAGCUACUAAUGGCCUGGAGAGGAUACCAGACAUACUCACAGAUACCAGGCUUCCUGAGGACAGAAGAACAGAAUCCUUGACCCGAGUCACGGGAGACCUUCAGGAGGUGACAUAUGCCCAGCUGGAUCACCACUCCUGCACACAGAGGAUGGGUGGAGCUGUGGCUCCACAGAGCACAGAUAGCAUGGUCAAAUCCACCUUAUAUGCAGACAUCAUCAGGCGCUGAGCCCGGGCACACCUGGAGACACACACA